AUGUCUGUUAGUGCGGUUAAACCAGGCUCUACCAUACUGGCUUCAAAGAUUUCGAAGGAGUAUGUGGAUGAGAUCACAAAAAAAGUUCAUGACAUGAAGGAUAUACGCCCAGAUGGACCACUUUUGGUUGGUUUCUUGGCCAAUGACGAUCCAGCAGCGGAGAUGUACGCAACGUGGACCAAGAAAACAAGUGAGUCUAUGGGAUUUCGCUACGAGUUGAGAAGGGUGGAAGAGAAGGACUUCCUGGAAGAAGCCAUAAUAGAGGCCAAUAGAGAUGAUUCCGUAGACGGGAUUAUGGUUUACUAUCCGGUGUUUGGCAAUGCACAGGAUCAGUACUUGCAGCAAGUCGUAUCGAGGGAAAAAGAUGUUGAAGGAUUGAACCAUGUUUAUUACCAGAAUAUGUACCACAAUGUGAGAUAUCUGGACGAGAAUAAGCAGCAAAAGUCUAUUCUACCCUGCACGCCGUUAGCCAUUGUGAAGAUCUUGGAAUCGCUGCAGAUUUACAACCGUCUGUUGCCGGAGGGGAAUAGACUAUACGGUAAGAAAUGUGUGGUGGUAAAUAGAUCUGAGAUUGUAGGCAGACCUUUAGCAGCUCUAUUGGCCAACGAUGGUGCCAUAGUUUAUUCCAUUGAUGUGAACAAUAUCCAAAAGUUCACACGUGGUGAAGGAUUGAAAUUUAUCAAGCAUCAUGUGGAGGAUUUGGGUGAUUACACAGAGGAGCUCAUGAAAGAAUGCUGCUCGGAUGCUGAUGUUAUCGUAACAGGUGUACCUUCAGCAAAGUAUAAGUUCCCAACUGAGUACAUUAAAGAAGGUGCAGCUUGUAUCAAUUUUUCGUCAGAAAAGAACUUUGACGAUAGUGUGAAGACCAAGGCAUCACUCUAUGUGCCAAUGACGGGUAAAGUCACCAUUUCUAUGCUUUUGAGAAACAUGUUAAGGCUGAUUGACAAUAGUGAGAAACUUAAAAAAGGUACUCAAUAA